AUGUCAAGAGAGGUACAUAGGACCCUCACGCUGGUCCCGUCCCUCACGCUGGUCCCGUCCCUCACGCUGGUUCCGUCCACGGCUCCGCAUACCAUACACAAUCUUCAACUCCCUCCUGACGCCUAUACUAUGGCGUCCAGCAGCUCGCGCAAUGAGUACUACUUCGCGAGAUCUCACAGCGACUCGAACGACCCUCAGCCCCCCUCUGACCCCAUGCCUCAUGUGACACAAAAGUUGGGCCGGAGUGUUCGACCGAGCAGCCGUAAAGCUACACGCUCUCGGACGAAGUUUCUCACCUCCAAACAAAUCCCCCAGGAAUCACCUUUGUCCAUGAUACAGGCGCCCUCGUCAUUGUUGCUAGUUUUCACAUCGCCGGAGUUUAUACGAGAUGUAAAAGAGGAUGCUCGAAUGACUAUGUUUAAGUUUUUGUUCCAAGAAAACCUUUUCCCGUCCACGACAGAGAACUCUGCUAUCGCUAAGAGAGCACUGGACAAUACGAUCGCUCGGUACUCUACCACCAAAGGUGUUAAUGGGGUCGACCUCGUCCUUUGGAAAUCUGGGCAAGACGGUAAAAAUUUACUUGCGAGGAUGAAAGCGGUUGUGAAGGAAAUACACAAUGACUUCGAGCAGGUCGCUACGUUCUCUUGGAUAUCUGCCUACGCAUUGAGUCACAACAUAUCCAUGACUAAAUUUGACAUGCAAACAGCGCGGAUCACAAGACUGACUGCCCUGCUGUCAAAUUUUCUAUUCGCUGAUGAGGUCAUUCAGAUGACUCUGGACGAUGGGAGAAUUAUAACGUACCGAAUCCCGUUUGGCCACCCAGCCGUCUUUGACUUGCUAGAACAUAUAAUAAACAACAUGCAGUACUCUCGUUACGUUUCCUUCGACCAAGAGGACUGGAAAUGCUACCUCACCAAUGCCAUCUUCCUUGCAGCAACUUCACGCGGUUGGUCGCUGGAGAAAGAACUCGUAAAGGCGCAGCAGGAUCUAACAGGUAAGUCUCCUACGUCGCAUCAGUACGGCUACUCGAAGUGUAAAGUAAAAGCUAACUCACGUCUCAGUAUCUUGGUCAGAACUGAGACGCUCGGGUGGCUGGAUGCUGCCUUUUAUACGAUUUCGGCCCCAACGUCACAUCUCUCGUCCCUGCGCCUCUUUUCCCUUGCGCUCGGACGAUCUAUUCACCAUGUCGUUCCUCGCCUUCGGUCUCAUCGGCAACGUUCGACUCGGAGGGUUUGGACGUCGACAGCGAUUCCUCUCAACUUCAACUACAUACGCACGUCUGAUCUCCUUUCGUCCUGGGAUGAGCGACGCUCGACGGAGACUUCAAUGGGCGUCAUCUCGCGUCACCACAUUGCAAGAAGUCGUCGCGUAUUCAUUAUUUGGUAUCUUCAGUGUCCAUGUCCACCUACAGACAUCACCAUCCUCGACUGGGUCGGACAACCUUCCGAGUUCAACAGCUGUCUUCCGGCCUAUAUCACUUCUUACGCCACUCCUCCACACACCCUUCCAUCCCUGUCCGAACGUUCUCCUCCUUGUCUUCUUCCCUUCACCUGCUCUCGUCCAUCGUCCGUAUUCGUCUGAGCCACGUCAGCAGUUGCUGACGUGUGCUGGGCGUUUGCGCAUGGUGUUCGUGGUGUUGGGAACAGCAUGGUGGAGCUCGGACAUCGGUU